AUGCCACGCCGCGUGGUCGACUCGGAGAGCGAGGACGACGAUGUGCCGCUCUCUACCCGUGCCGCUGAGCAGCAGCCCAAGACCUCCAAAGGGAAGCCGCAAGGUGCCAGGGCGCCAGAGAAGGACGAGAAUGGCAACGAGUGGCACUUCACGGGGCACAAGUGGCUGGGCGUCCUCGUCGCGCGCAGCUUCGGGCGCACGGUGGCCGUCGGUCAAAUCACCAAGUGGCUUCCGCCCGACGGCGAGGACGGCGCGCUCUUCAAGGCCGUCCACCUCGACGGAGACGAGGAGGACCUUGAGGACCACGAGGUGGUCGAGGCGAUCCAGAAGUACCAGACGACGGGCCACGCGGCUCGGAAGGCGAAGGCCGCGGCUGCGACGCCGCCGCGCCCCCGCAAGAAGAUCCGGCGCGUCAAGCAGGACGACGAGGUCAAGGAGGAGACGCGCGCGGCGCUCGAGGCGGAGGCGGAGCGGCGGAGGCAGGCGCGGGGCAGCGAGGCGUCGGCGGUGCGGCUGCAGCCGGCGCUCGGCGCGCAGCUCAAGCCGCACCAACUGAGCGGCACGCGCUUCCUCUUCGACAACAACUGGUGCGGCGAGGCGGAGAAGUGGUCAGAGCGGGCGAAGAUGAGCUACUUCUACUACCACGUCAAGGCGGAGCAGCCGCUCAAGAAGCGGAUCGCCACGCUGCGCGAGUGGGCGCGCGACGGCGGCGUCGCCGUCAUCGGGUACGAGGCGCUGCUCGCGCUCGUCAAGGGCAAGGCGCGCGAGCAGGCGGUGCCGCUGCUGCAGCAGCCGGGCCCCGAUCUGAUCGUGCUCGACGAGGGCCACCGCAUCAAGAACAUGCAGAGCAAGCAGCACGCUGCGCUCGCGGCGGUGCGCACCCGCCGCCGCGUCAUCCUCACGGGCACGCCGCUGCAGAACAACCUGAACGAGUACCACGCGAUGGUCGACUUCGUGCGGCCCGCGCUGCUCGGCACGGUGCCCGAGUUCCGCAACCGCUUCGUCGCGCCGAUCACCAACGGCAACACGCUCGACGCCUCGGCGGCCGACGUGCGGCUCUCGCGGCAGCGGAUGGCCGUGCUGCACGACCUUGUGCAGCCCUUGCUCCGCCGGCGCACCGCCGAGAUCCUGCGGCAGGCGCUGCCGCCCAAGCGCGAGAUCGCGCUCUCGUGCCGCCUCGCGCCCGUGCAGCGCUCGCUCUACAGCACCUUCCUCGAGCACGCCAAGGCGGCGUCGGGCGCCUCGGUGCGCGGGCUGCUCGGCGGCUACCAGACCAUGCAGCAGAUCUUCAACCACCCCGCCACGCUCUACCGCUGCGUCGACGCCAAGGGCGCGGCGGGCUCCAAGCGCGAGGCCUCGGGCUACGACUCGAUGGACGACUUCGUCAGCCUGCACCUGAUCGACCUGCUCGAGGCGGUGCUCAAGCGGCGCACGCGGCCGGCGGGGGACAUGAAGUGGAAGCGAGGGCGCGACUACAUGCGGCUCGACGGCACGACGCCGCAGGCGCAGCGGCAGCGGCUCGUCGACCACUUCCAGGACGAGGAGAGCGACGCGCGGCUGCUGCUCAUCUCGACGCGCGCGGGCAACCUUGGGCUCAACCUGACGGCCGCCACGCGCGUCGCCAUCUUCCGCGCGUGGCGGUACGGGCAGACGCGGCCGGUGUACGUGUACCGGCUGCUGGGCGAGGGCACGGUCGAGGAGCUCAUCUACAAACGGCAGAUCUCCAAGCACGCCGUCAUCUCGGGCGUGUGCGACGACGAGCAGAUCGCCACCUCCUUCUCGCAGGCCGAGCUCUCCGAGCUGUGGUCGCUGCGGGACGAGGCGCCGCGCCCGUCGGCCGAGCUGCUCGCCGAGCCCGAGGCGCGCUUCCCGACGGUCGAGGGCAUCGGCGCCGACCGCGUGCUGCGCCGCGUGCUCACGUCAGAGGAGUCGGGGCCGUGGGUGGCGGCGGUGGACGAGACGCUCGAGCUCUCGAGCGAGGAGCGCGCCGCCGGCCAGGCCGCCUUCGAGGCGGAGGAGCAGGCCAAGCGGGCGCAGAGGCUCCCGCCCCCGGCGGGCUUCCGCUUGGGCGCGGCGGUGGUGGUGCAGGGGCUGCAGUCGCGGCCCGAGCUCAACGGGGCGAGGGCGACCGUGCUCAACUUCGACGAGGCCAAGGGCCGCUACCAGGUGCGCCUCGGCGAGGGCCCGGAGCACGAGGUGAUCGCGCUGAGGCCCGCUUGCCUGGUUGAACAUGUGGAAUAG